AUGAUUGGCAAAAUCUUAAUUUAUAAUCCUUAAAUAACAAAACAAAAAUUAUAUCAGCUUAUCACACAAUUCAAUUAUGAUGUUAGUUCAAAUUAAUUGUGGAAAGAAUAUCAGAGCAAAGGAUUGCUUGUUUAACUAAACCAAAACAGUGACUAAGCUAUUAUUUUACUUGAUUAACUAUAAUAUAAAGAAUUACUUUAACUUGAUAAACUAAUACUAGAAGACUGUUUCAAAGGAUGGAAAAACUUCAUAUUGCUUAAAGAAUUCUUUUUGAAUGAUUAUAAUCCCAAUAUCCAAUUUACAUUUUGCUCUUAUUUACAAUACAAAUUAAAAGUAGGAAGCAUAGAACCUUAAAAAAAUGAAAACAUUUUUGCUAUGAGUCAAAUCUAAACAUUUUUUGAUUUCAUUAUUUCAAAUAAAUUGCUGACUUUAAUUAAAGAAAAUUAUGAGAAUUUAGGAAUUGUAAUUAAAAGUUAUCGAAAUUUUAUGAAAAAUGAUAUAUAAUUCAAUGAAAGGAUUAAAUCAACCAUUUACAAUUCAGAAAUUAAGAAGAUGCUUCUCAACUUCAAAUAAUAUUUGGUAAAUACUUAAAACAUCAUAAAAAUUAUGAGGCUUAAUUCAAGGAAAUAAAAUUAUUAAAUCAAAUAACAUAAAGAAUCAAAUGAGCUAAAUAAUUUUUCAUAACUUAAAUAUUUGAUGAAAGUAUUAGAAUAAAUAUUAUCAUCACACGUUUAGGAGUUUAAUUAUAUGAUGGGUGAUGAAAAUAGUAAAUUGGAAAUUCAAAAUCUCUGGACUGAUGAAAGGAUUUAUAUUUAAAUGGAAUUAGAAAGACUUAAGCUAAAAAAUUAAUUUCUUGAUAAUUUGAAAAAGAAGCUUUUGACUUAACUAACUUUAUUUCUAGAUUAAAAAAACUUUUUAAAUGCAGCUUCAAGUCUGAUUUAGGUUAUAAAAAAUUCUUGGAUAGAAUUCGAAUAAUAAGAACAGCAAGAAAUUUCUUCACUUCAAAUAAAUAAUAACGUGACAUUAUUUUUUGAGAAUUAAUUGAAUAAUCUUUAUUUAGACUAUGAAGAAAUGAACAAAGAACUUAACAAUGAAAAUAAUGAAUCCCUGAUAUUUCUAAAGGAGAUUAUUCAAAUCAAGUAUGAAAUUGGCGCACUUUUAAAUCCUGAAAACCCUAAAGAGAUCAAAGGAUUAAUAAAAUAUAUACAAAAUUUAAGGUUCAAAAAUCAAAAAUUCCAUUUAAAAUUAGACUCUAUCAAAAAGUCAUUCCUAAAUGUAUUACCGUAAAUAAACCCAAAAGAAUUACAAAAGUUAAAAGAAUUUAUAAAUCUCAACGAAUUUCUCCUUUCGGUAUUGUAACAUUAACUUUUUUCAACUCAUUUAGAAGCGUUUUCCUCAGAUUUGAUCUUCUCAAACUAUUAUAAUAUAUAAGAUUUAAUUUUGUUUUUUCUUACUCGUUUGAAUUAAAUGGCGAACUAUUUAAUUUUAACUCUAAUAAAUUUUUAAUCUGAUCUUGAAUUAAAUCAUUUUAUAUUUUCCUUUAGAUAUUCAAAUAGGAGAUAAAUUGGAAAAAAAAAGUUAUUUAGAAAAAAAUAAUUAUUUUUUUGUGAAAGAACAAUUAAGGAUUAUCCAUAAAGAAUAAUCUCAAUUAGAAAUAUAGAAAAAUAAGCUACCUAUGAAUUAAUAAACUUAUAAUUCACGGAAUAAGACUAUAAAAAUAAGUUAUCAAAGUAGAAAGGAUUAAUAGAAUAUUUUCAAUUUAUAUUAUCAAUAGAAAAAUAAAAGAUUUCCUGGGAAGAGUUAGAUUUAAGAUUAAUUGAAAGGGAAUUUGGAGAAAUAUUCAUUAAAGAAUCUCAUUUCGAGAUGAUUGUGGAAAAAUUUAUUUAAGAUCUAAAUAUUGAUCAAUUAUUAGAAAAUUUUAUUGAGGAUCAAUUUGAAAAUUUUUAAGAUUUGAGAGAGGAUUAAGAAAAAUUUUCAAAUUUGUUGUCUGACUUGAGAAAAAUCAAAGAUUAAAGAAUAUAUUAAAACUUAAAUUAGAUUGAAAUUGACUAUUAUAAUUAAUUAGCGAACCAAACAGAAACAGUUAUAAAGACUAUGGAAACCUUUGGAAAGAAAGAAUAGAAUAUGUUUAAAAUGCUAAUAAAAGAAGAGCUGAUGAAAUUCUAAAGCUUAAUAAGUAGAUAUCAACAAGAAAUAAAAGUGAAGGAUGAAACGACCAAAACAUAAAGUAAUUAAAACGAGAUUUAUUUAUCUAAAUAAAAAAUAUAAUAAAAAGAAAAAGACCAAAUGCAAGAAAAAGAUGAAUAAACUGAUGUUGAAUAUCUUGGUAAGGAAUUAAAAUUUUACCACAAUAGGAACCAUACUGCUUACUUAAAAUGUAUGGUGAAGGUAAUAUAAUUCUAAUAAUAUCAAAUAAAAGAAGAGGAGAAUCUCAUAAAUAAAUUACUUGAAGAAAUUACUUGUUUCGCUGAUGAUCUAGAUCAAAUUCAAAGAUUUGAAAAUGAAACUUAAAAAGAAUACAAAUAAUUAUUUGAAGGUCUAUUUAAAGAACUAAUUAAGAACUUUGAGUAAUUAGCUGUGACCAAUAUCAAUUUAUCUUAAAUGGAGGAUGAAAAUUUUGAGUUAUAUUUGGAAAGAAUUAAAUCAAAAUCUCAUUUAUCUUAAUCAGCAAAUGAGAAAUAAGAAAUUAUUUAAACAUAACCUAAUAUUUCUGAUUUUCUCAAUUUUUUAAAGGCUUAUUUUUAAGAAAAAUUAGCAGAACCCAAAUCUUUUUCAAAAACUUUAGUUUAAUAAGAACUUUUGAUCCAACAAAUAAAAAAACUUUACUUAUAGGAUAAUUAAGAGGAAGAAAAAGAUGAAAAAUUUAUCCAACAGAAAACCUUAUUGGAUAAUUUAAAACAAAAAUUUAUAGAUUUAACCAAUAAUGAGAAUUUGAAAAUUAAAUAAGGCCUUGUGUUUACUAUAAUUUAGAUUUCAUCGAAUUGCUUCACAGAUUCAAUUAUUUCAUUUUGUUCUAAAACUUUAAUCUUAUUUUGGGUUUCAGAAAAAGAUUAAAGAGUUAGAAAUCUGUUAAAAAAUGAAAAUUUAAUAAACAUGUAAAUGCAGAUUUUGAAAAAAGAUUGGAAGACAUAAAAUGAUAGGAUUGCUGGGGAAAUGGAAUAAAUUUUGAAGAGGAUUGACUCAUUAAAGGAAGAAAUUUUUCAUGAGCCUAAUAUCAAUAAACGGGAUUUAAAGCUUAAACAAUUGGAUGAAACAACUUAGCAAUUAGAUGAAUAUAUUGGAAAAAUUAGCGAAAUGGGUUAACAAUUUAGAUUGAUAACUGACUUUGUUAAUUUUGCCAGAAAAGCGUUAUUAAGAUAGCAUUGGGAAUAAAAUUAAAAGAAUUUUAGGAAGGUUAAUAUACAUUGGCAGUAAAAGAAUAUAGUGAAUAUUUAAACGUGUAGAUUAAACAAUUAAAAUAAUAUUGGAAUUUGUUAUUUGUUAACUAAUGGGAGAUUAAAUAAGAUAGGUUAAUAUGAUAGUUAAGGGGAAAAUUAAUGA